AUGCACAUCGUGAGCCGUGCGUGCCAGAACCGCAGCUUAGGAAAUUCUCAGGCAGAGCCCGAGUACUUCUUCCCCUUGGUCAUCUCCGACCUCAAUGAAGGCUUCGUCAAGAAGAUCAUUCCGCUCAUCGUGCCUACCAUGCCAACCCAUGGUUUGGUGCUGCUGGGUCGGGCCGGCAUCGGGAAGACGCCUCUGGCCAUUGUCCUCGGUCUUGCGCUUGCCAGGCACUACGUUGCCACCCGGGGCCCUGCCGAAGCCAUAGUCGGAUGGCGCCGAUCUAAGCAGAUCGAUGGGUUUCGUGAGCGACCUGGCGAGCUUCAUGUGCCCGUGCUCUUGGACGAUCCUAUUCUCAGCGGUAUGACCUUCGAGGACCUGAAGUCCUUCCUGGACGUAGGAGAGACCUGCCUAGUGGACGCCCGCUACAAGGCCGCGAAAUUUGUGCGGAAUCAAACCCGAAUUUUGCUCACCAAUGAAUGGUCCCCUGACAGUGAGCCGGAUCUCGAUUUCCAUACUCGCAUUGGCUGGAAGGAUUUCAAGAACAUGAUUUCUUCAGCCUUCAAUGCAGUCUACGUGCGCCUUCCCAGUGAGCAUCAGAGUCAGGACAUCUAUAGAUUCGAGGGUGAUGGCCUCACGGUUGACUGGAUCUCGGACAAGCACAAGGCAUACUACGGCAAAUUCAAGGACGGCAACCAGCAGGUCAAGUAUCCUGGCUUCGAGGAAGCCCUUGAGCAGGAGGCUAUGCUUAUCGGCAACCUUCUCGCCUCGGACGAGGAGAAGGAAUAUAUGAGGCGGGGAGCCACUUACGACUCGUGGCUUGCUGACUACGAUACCUCGCAUGAUCCAGAGCAUCCGGCAGACUCAGCUCCUUCAUCCCCGCCACGGCCCUCAGCAGCCGCAGCAGCCUCUUCCAGUCCACCCAUUCGCUCGCCACCACGGAAAAUGCACAAGACAGACGAAGGCCUGGAUGCGGACGAAGAGAUCGCCAGAGCCAGCGUGACGCAAAAGAAAAGUCACUUGGCGUCUGUGCCCUACGUUCGCCACGAAGGCUAUGCGGGUGGUCGCGGGGUGAGGCACACGGGCCAGAAGUACCCAAAGUACGGAUGCAAUCGAUGGCGAUGUCAGGUCUACAUCUCCCCAGUCCAGGCCUGUGUCCUGCUCAUGAAGGUACAGGACAUAUCCACCCCUGCCAUCUGCCAGACCAUGAAUGCGAACCACAAGCUGGUGGAGGACAUGGGCACGCGCUUGAUGUAUGCGAGGGAGGAGUAUGUGAACUUCUACCAGAAAAAGAUCAUCCUGGGGUCCCACCGAGCCACUGAUACGUGCAUCCGGUACUGGACCGACGUCGAAGGCGACGAGGCCUCCUUUGUCAAGACUGAUGUGAGCGGCAACUCCUCGAAAGCCAAUCCCGACCAGGCCAUUCAGUGGGAGCAAUGGCUCGGGUUGGUUCAACCGGGGGUCGAGUGGCUGCCAAUCGCCCGGAAAUACCUAAAGGGUAAACGGGUGAUCCUCCACACCGACGCGGCCCGGAGCUACACGACCAAGGUGGAGGGUGUGCUGCAUGAUAACGUGGUGCACGCAAAGAAAAGGAUCCUCGUGAAGGGCAAAAUGUGCUGGGUCAGACCCAACUAUGUUAAGGCAGUCACCCACAAGCUACCGGGCAAGUCUGGUAAGUCUGAGACUGUCCAGGUUAAGGCCGGUACACAGGUGAUUGACCGCGCCUGGCGGUUUCUAAAGGAUCGCCUCUCGCUCAACCAACACGCGAAGGCAGGACCCAAGCAGUUGAGAGCUCAGAUCCGCGCAGCCCAAUUCCAAUACUGGAAGAAAGACGAGGAUCCUUGGGUAGCUGCAUGCAGCUUGAGCAAAUUCAUCAUGCAGAAGCUCAUGAUGAAUAG